AUGCCCGAAAUAGAUUCACACGCUCACGAAAAUUUAUCAAUCUUAAUCCUAUAUACCUCUUAUCCUUUUCUUAUGUUGCUUCCACUAUUCUGUCAAGUUAGGAGAUUUCCUCGAUUAGCAGUUCUUUCCUUUCCUAAACUACUUUCCACAAAGACUAGGAUUACGGCCAAAUCAGCAUCAGGCUUCACACAAGAUGAAGUUGACUUAUUGAGAGUGAAGUUCCAGCCAGCUUCUUUCGAAGAUGUUAUUCCUACCACCAAGGAUCCUGUCACAGUUCCGAAUGAAUAUCUUCUUCCCGAAAUCAACCGCCGUGCUCUCUCAAACGCAGAUUUUGAUGUUGAAAAGCUUGAUAAGGUUUCGAAUAAUCGGGUCAAAACAUUCAUUGUUAAAAUGCAUGAUGUUGUGAUGAAUGAAAAAGUGGCCACAGGCACAUUGGAGUCUAAAACUGACACAUUGGUGGACGAUCUGCUUCGUGUCGCCGAAUUGAAUGACUGGCCCUUGAAGUUAAUAAAUUAUCCGCUAUGUAGAUUGUUCAUUAAAGAAAAGAAACUUGUUUUAGCAGACCCCGAAUUUGUGAUUGCUAAUCGAAACCUAAGUAUGGUGGCUAUAGAGGACAAACAUAUCAAAAAUGUUUGGAACCCAAGCGGUUUCGGGGAAACGCAAAUUGCCGUACAGAUUGUUGCCUGCGGAAAUGAGAACAUACGUUCCACUAGUAGAGAGGAAUUUAUUGAUCAAACCAUAUUUGCCAUGCGCGUCAUCUCAACGUACGUGACAUUUUACAAAGCAGUAAUCCCUGCAGAAUAUUGGUCCGAAUUUAAGCGUGGUCUACCCAAAGAGGCAUCAGUUAACGUUAAAAGAUGGCCAGGGGUGAAUGGUAAGCAGGAUGGUCUGGAUUUAGUAGAACCAGAUGGGAGACGAGAGGUGCUGGGAGCGCUAACUAAAAUCCGCCAAUUUCUUCUGCGGAAUGAACAAUCUGCGAAAAAUUUGGGAGACGAAACAUCAUCUACAUCAAUACAAAAUGUGACGACGAAUGAUAAUACAGACAGUAGUAAAGAAAAAUUAUUGAAAUCAUGUAGUGAAAAAGUGAGACCUAAAGUCCCACUUGAGCAAAACAGCCAAUCAGUGUUGGUACAAAAACAUAUAUCUAACCCUGCUAAAUUGAGCGACUGCGAAGUGGGACAGGUUCAAGCACUUCCUGAAGAAACAAAAGUUUCGCAUAAUUAUAUAGUCGCCCAAGAUUUUAUACAAGAAGUGUCUUCAAGAUUUACAGAUGAGGAUAUCAUCGAAGUUAUUGAUGGAAACUUAAUACUUACUACUAAUACGACAAUAGAAGUUGAGCUAGCUCAUUUGUUUCUAAAAGUAAGUAUUGAAGGAAAAAAUACUAUACAAGCUAAACAGAAAGAGAUUUCAUGUCGUUACUCAUAUGGAAAAAGAUUUGAAAUGGAAGUUCAAGAACUUAUGGCUGAGAAAAAUAAGUGGGCUAUGGGAUGCUUCCGAGAAGACUUAGAAAGAGAUAUGCGCUUCUAUCGUGGCGGAAUAGAGAGAAAGGAAGAUCCUAGAAAAUAUCGUGAAUUUUUAACAGAUCGGGAUAGGCUGAUUGGCGAAGAAUUAUUACGUCGUGGUAUACUAAAAAGUGGUUUGAGUACUGCAUGGCUUGAUGAUCUCAUGGAAGAAUGGGAAAAAAUCCAUAUUCAAUUUAUACAGAUAUUUAACCAGAACUUCGACCCUUUUGAGGAAAAGACUUUAUUUGUACCGCGGGGGUGA